CUAUAAAUAGCCCUUCAUUCUUCUCUAUUCCUCACUAUCAAUUGGCUUACUAUAUUAUUAGAACAAAACAAAUAUGACUCGUCUAAAAUGUGUAGGACUACUCAUAGCUCUACUUAUUGCAACAUCUGCAGUAUUGAGUGAGAGUAGGAUUGCAAGGAAGGAUUUGGGCUUAGACCUUGGUGAUCUAGGGGCUGGCAUAGGUUUGGGUCUAGGAGUGGGAAUCGGUGGUUCCGGAUCCGGAUCUGGUGCUGGUGCCGGGUCUGGGUCUGGUGGGUCGAGUUCAAGCUCAAGCUCUUCAUCUAGCUCGAGCUCGAGCUCAGGUGGUGGUGGAGGGGCAGGCUCUGAAGCAGGCUCCUAUGCAGGGUCAAGUGCUGGGUCUGGGGCAAGAUCUCGGGGUGGCGGACGUGGUGGUGGAGGUGGUGGUGGAGGUGGCGGUGGUGGAGGUGGUGGUGGUGGCGGCGGAUCAGGCCAAGGAAGUGGUUAUGGACAUGGCGAAGGUGGUGGACACGGUGGAGGAUACGGUGGUGGUGGAGACUAAACAAAAAGUCUAAAGACUAGCUAGACAUUCUUGUGUUGAUCUAAAUAAGUAACUAUUUAUAUAUAUAUAUAUAUAUAUUUGAUAAUAAGAUUUUAUGUGCUUUUGAUUGUUUGAUGAUGAUUUCCAUGAAUGGAAGCAUCUAUGUAACAUAAAAAAAAACUAAAAGUUCAUGUGUGUGUUUAGGAAAAUUGGUGUGUUUGCUUCUUUUUCUUCAUGUGUUUGUAGUUUCUAUGUAAUAAAUUUACGUAAUCCUAUGUUCAAUGUUAUAAAAAAUUUUAAAUUCCUCUUAA